GGAUACAUCGUGAGAAGUUCGCACAUACAAAGUUCGGAUGCAUACAGCUCUCCAGUGUUAUCUCCAGUGUUAAUAGAUUCGCGAAAGUGAUUGUGACACACACAAAACAUGGAGAUUUUCGGAGUACUUUUCGUGUUCUAGUGAGAUAGGCUUGAUGCUUCACUUCGCAAAUGGCUUCUUGGUAGCGAUUUUUUCUAGAAAAAGUGAAAAACAAUAAGUGAAAGCGUGAAUCAGUUUCGCGCCUCCUUUCGUGUGAUAAUUUCGUUUGGUAGCGCAAAUCUUCCUUGCAGGACUGCACCCUCGAUAUAUAACCAUGCCGCCGCGUCGGAAUCGCAAUCAGGCUCAAGCCCAACCGGCAGCAGCAGCGCCGGCUCAACCGGCUGCAGCCGCACCGGCCCAACCGGCUGCAGCAGAAGCAGAAGCAGCAGCAGCAGCCCAGCCUGCGCAGGAGCAGCUUCCCGCCCCUGCACCGCCACCGUUUCCCUUAUUCGCACCCGGACGCACGCUGGUCGAGCUGCACAAGAAGGUGGCCGAUAUCGAAUAUGACCGGGCUCCGCGACGGUCUCGCAGAAAAGUCGCCAAUCUCUGUCUCAAUGUAAGUAUUUUGGGUCUUUAAAUGAACCAAAGUGCAGUAGAGCUAGAGGUGCACGGAGUCGAAAACUUGUAGUAUCGUGAAAACUUGUGCUCCCGUACUGGAUUCGUCUGUUUUGCAUCAAUCUAUAGUCCUGCCAUUCUUUCAAUACCAAACAGGUCUGGGAUCUCUUGGCGGCAAAGCGUACUGGCUAUGCGGAGCGCGGCGGAAUCCCGGACCCGGUGAAAACUUGCAUUCUUGAAUUCGUCGGUGACGCGGCUCCAACGGUCGAGAUUAAUCCGCAGCUCACGGCGCACCGAAUGAGGGGAAUACGCUCUCAAUUUAACGAGAAGAAGGCAAAGGAGAUAACAGACAAAAUCUUGCCGAUCUGUGAACGGCAGGCCGCAAUGGGAAAUAAAGGAGGCUCCAUACGGUUUGGGGACGUUGUUGACGGUUUGAUCCCUACCGACAAUCUGGAGUCCAAUUGGUGGGGAAAGAUAUUUCGUGUGAACCCUCUGCUAAAGCCUGCUCUCGAGCGUGCCGGAUUUGAAUUGCGGUGCGUGCCGAUCGACGAAGCUGGCGAGGACGAUAAAAGCAAGAAGCAGAAAUUAGAAAGUCUCCUGCGAGUUAAUUGGGAAUUCGAGUAGCUCCCGAUGUUGGUAAAUCAGUGGAAGUCUGACGAAGAACGAUGAUCGGAGCUCUGGCGCUCUAGCGGCCACAGUUCGCGAAGUUUCAGCCUGUAUUUUUUUGACGAAAAAACAAAUUCGCAAUGUGAGACACCCGCGGCAGGAUACCAACGUCGAUGCUGUUCGCAAC